AUGAAACCCCAAUCGGAGUGGGCGGCGGCGGCGCCCGAUAAAGACAGAACCCGAAGAGAUCCAACUCUGCAGUCUUUUCCCACUUCCGCCGUCAACGGCCCCGAGCUGCAAUAUGCAGGAACUGCAGUUGUGAAGGAAGUUAUUAAAUCAACUGAAGAAGUUGUCAAGGAAAUGAGGACUUGGCUCAAGACAGGUAUUGCCCCUGAUGGGACCCGCAUGAUGACUGAUGAGGCCUCGCAGUGGUACCAGGACUUCUACCAGGCGACGCUGCGCGCGGACAAAGAACACGAGUGUCUCCCCGAAGGGUCUCUGGUGGAUUACUAUUAUUGGAAGUGUCCCUUUUUGGCGCACAUAGGCCCCCUGGACUUGGUCAUGAUGCACUCCCAGGUGAAUCUGCGCGACGGGACGCACCUGCCGUGCGACCGGCUGCGGGAAGCCACGAAGAAUUUGAAAACCCUCGAGGGUUUGGCGAGGAAAAGAAUGGAAAUAGAAAGGAGACAAAAGGAGACACUUUUAGCAGCAGCACUGCAGCAGCACAGGGGCCACCCGCUGCGGAAGGAGGGUUUCUACACGCGCUACUUCUGGAGGCCCUUUCACCAGCACACCAUUCAGCAGCAGCAGCAGCAGCUGCAGCAGCAGCAGCAGCAGCAGUUCGACCAGCAGCCAGAACGGAUCCCCACCGUCGUCAGGGAGGCCGAGGAACACUCCGCAGAACUCGCCUAA